CACCGUUGGUCAGUCUGUUCGGAUUCCUCCUUUCUAGCACCCUUUCAUGAUCCUGUUUCGACUUUGUAAGAAUUAUUCUCUCAAGGCGAGCAAGCACCGGUGGUCCACGCUGCGGUCUGUGUCAUGAAAAGUGGAAAAAAGUAAAUUCUGUCAGCUGUUUCUGCAGAACGAUCCCGGUUGCUUCGAGGGUUAGAGUAGGAGCGUUCUCGCACGAUCUAGAGAACAUGAGAGUGAGCCUUUAUAAGGACAUUCGAUGAGCUUCUACCUCACUCAGAGUUGUACACCCUGGAGUACGAUUCACAUAGACAUUGUGAAAUCCACGUGGUCAAUUCAAUUCCAGUUCGACGUGCAGUUCCAAAAUCAUCACCGUCAUGGGGACGAAUCCGAGACGAACCGAGGCUCCAGCUCUCAGAUUUAGCCAUGCUUCUCAUCUGAAGCUUGCCUGUCUUCUCGGGGUGUUGUACUCACUAUCAGUGAUUCAGGCUCAGGAUGUUCACUCCCGGUGCGGAAACUUGACUCCGUCACCUACUCUGACACCAUUCGUGCAGCCACUGCCUAUACCUGUGGAAAUCGACAUCUCCACAGGGUCUCAGCUGACUUUGGGUGCUUACAAGAUUUCCCAGAGCGUCCAUCCAGACCUUCCGAACACGACAUUCUACGGAUACGGGACGAGUCAAGACACAGCCACAUCUCCGGGCCCGACUCUGAACGCCAGGAGGAAUGUGGCCUCGUUCAUUCGGUUCGAGAAUCACAUCACCGACGCGGAGCACAUUCUGACCGUGGACAAGACGCUGCACAGAGCGACGCCAGCGAACGGAGGCGUGCCGAUGAGCGUGCACCUGCACGGCGCCGACGCCGAGGGCAAGUUCGACGGGCACCCGGAGGCCUGGUUCACGGCGGCCGGCGACAAGGGCCCGACCUUCAUCGCCACGAACAACACGUACCCGAACGAGCAGCCGGCGAGCCUUCUCUGGUACCACGACCACACUCUGGGCUACACUCGGCUCAACGUGGUAUCCGGGCUGGCCGGGCUGUACUUCAUCCGCGGGGGAUCCGGCGAGCCCGGUUCUCUGCCCGAAGGACGGUACGAGAUCCCGCUGGUCAUCCAGGACAAGCAGUUCUACCCCAACGGGUCCAUCAACUUCCCGGACCUCGGGUCGCCGCUGUCGCCCGCGCACCCGCAGUGGUGCCCGGAUUAUUUCGGCGACACGAUUCUGGUGAACGGCAAAGCCUGGCCCUUCCUCGACGUGGUCGGGGCCGUGUACCGCUUCCGCAUUCUGAACGCGGCCAACGCUCGAGCCUUCACUCUCUCGUUCAGCGACAGCCGCCUCCAGUUCGUGCAGAUCGGCACGGACGGCGGCUACAUGUGGGCUCCCCAGCUGCUGCAGAAUCUGACCAUGGCUCCUGCUUACAGAGUCGACGUCCUCGUGGACUUCUCAAGCGUUCCCGUCGGGACGACGGUGUAUCUGAACAAUACUGCUCCGGCCCCGUUUCCUGAUGGGGACCCGAUCAAUAGUCCUCCCAGCACCAGGCACGUCAUGAAAUUCAAUGUCGUUCAGUCCAUACCCGGGUUGCCUGCGCAGAGUGUGGUCAUUCCUACUUCCAUCGGGUCCGCCCCUAGCACCGCCGCCUGGAUAGACUCGGCGGUGUACAGAAAUGUGACCUUGGAUGUGGUUCUGCCGCCGGACCUGACGUUUCUGCUGAAUAAGAAUCACUGGGAUGAUCCUGUCACCGAGACGCCGAAGCUUUACACGACCGAGAUUUGGGAUAUCAUUCACCUCAUUCCGGGCGGCAUUCAUCCGAUCCACAUUCAUCUCAUCAACUUCCUCGUGUUGCAUCAGCAGGCGUUCGAUCUGACUCGGUUUAAUGGUGGCCUGUGUUCGCUCCUGCUGUCAUAUCCGGAGUCCCUCAGCUGCUACACUGAGGCCCCGCAGCCUCCGGACGCCACUCAAGUCGGCUGGAAGGACACCGUGAUCGUCUACCCGGGCACGAGACUCAGAAUUCUGAUGAAUUUCGCUCCCAGAGACGGCAGCAAUUACACGUUCGAUCCCACCACGUUCCCCGGUUACGUAUGGCACUGUCACAACCUGGACCACGAGGACCAUGACAUGAUGAGGCCGCUCCAAAUUCUGCCUGCAGCAUCUUGAGUCCACCUUCCGCCUCCAGCAUCUAGAAAUCGGACCACUUUAGACGUCCAUUCUCUCGACAUCUGCACAUAGCUCACAACCAUGUUCUGCACCGUCGACAAGUUUGAUGGCCUCUAGCUUCAGCCGAAUCCUGAGGAAGAAUCGAAAUGGAUGAGAGCCAGGCGCCAAAAGCACGUAAGAACGCGCUACAUUUCACUCUCCUGAUCACGCUGACAGGCUCUCGAUGAGGUGAAGUCGCAUCUUAUGUCAUCCGAAUUCAGGUCAAACUGGGGGCGGCGGAGGGCCAAUUGCUUGCACCCACUUGCUAUUAACGUACACAGUGAACUUCGUUCUAGGCCAAUGGAGGUGGAGACGUGGGACUUUAGGUCCGAGUUAGUUAUUCUACCUGUGAGAAAAGGCCUUAGCUGCAGCUAGCCUUUUUUCAUCCGACUCGUGCUCGCCAUUCUGAUGAUCAUCUGCUGGAAAUGUUCCAAACCAGCUUGUAGCUAGCGCCAUCCACCGAUUCAUAUCUCGAUAGCUGAAAGUAGGCCAACUUUCGAUCCUAUUCAUCGACGGACACGUGUGGUCUUGUGUUGAGAGACUGGAGUUGGUCUCUCAGAUGAUGUGUAUAGCUUCAUCUGAACUUUGACUGCUGUGCUCAUCCGUCAUACUGGAUAGACAUUGGUCUUGUGCUGAGCGACUGGAAUUUGUCGCUCAGAUGCAUAGCUUCAUUUGAAGAACAACUGCUGUGCUCAUCUAGCUCACUGGAUAGACAUUAGCUAGAAUGUUCUCCUUGUAUCUUUAAAUAAACUGCACUUGUAUCUUAAAAGUACUCAUCCGAGUCAUGCAGCUGAUUUGGAUAUUCCGAUCUCGUGCCUUGUGUGAAAUUGAACCGGUGAUCAUG